UUCGAUCCUUAUCAUACAUUUAUUUUGGAGCCGAAUCAAGACUUUUCUAGUUGAUUGAGAAGUUCAACACCGAUACUACUAGUCUCGCCUGUAUAUAAGUCAUUUAAUAUCAUGUUGGAAUAGUAUGUAAUCACUUUAAAUAUGACUAAUUUGCUAAUUAUGAUACUUCAAAACACGCAAUAGUCAGGGCAAACGACACGUCAUGACAUCGUAACUGGGCCAAUUUAUUUUGGAAUUCCAUAAUGUCCAUACAUAAAUCAGCCUUACAAGAUUAUCUAUUUGUAUAAAAUCUAUUCGCAUAUAUAUAACUCUCGUUUGCUUCAACACAUGUAGUUAAAUUUUAUUUAAAAUUCAAUGUUUAUACUUUGUUGGAGCUGUUAUAUGCGGUACUUUUCGAUCGAAGUUUGAAAGGUGAUCGGUUAUUAGUAGUCAUUCGUACGUGGGACCCCAAAUAAGCUUAUCUCAAAGAAGGGGUAAUUCAGGUUAUUGUGUAUUGUUUCCGCAUUAUUUUAUUUGUAUAAUUAUUUUCUUAAUUUUAAACACUUGUAACGAUAUUUCAGAUUGCUUGCGAGGAUUCUUGUAUGAACAACUUUACUCACACACCGAUAUAUCCGAUAUAAAGUAUACAAAAUAUGACGUGGUAUCUAAAAACAAAAACAUUAUUGAAACUUCCCUGAGCAUUAAAUAUAAAUUUGAUCCGACGUGUGAAACCGAAACUAUAUCGUGAAGUUGGUAAUGUGAAAAGAAUUGAAGGAACAAGGAAGAUAAAUGUAAUAAUAGAAAAUCUAAAUAUAUAAUAGUUCGCGUGAUUACCCGACAUUGAUAACACUGUCAACUGUGCUGUGUAAGCUUUGUUUUGAGUAGCCAUGGUUGUUGUUUAACAUACUCAAGUUUCUUUGUAAACGUUUAAGUGUGCCAAGUAAAACAUACUCAGAUAAACUAUUACGAUCUAAAUUGGGGAUUAACCAUUUCCGACAGGGAUGGCUGGCAAGUGGACGGAUUCUAACCCUGCUACCAACAUGAACAUUGCUGCAGAAACUCUUUGCAAUGAUUUUGAUGAAAGCGACACCGAGGAACAGCUUGCUGCUGAUGAGAACAACGAGCACAUUGCUGCAGCUACUCAUAUAAACGAUGAAUAUGUCACGGAGGAGCAGCUUGCUGCUGAGGGGAACAACGUACAAAGAUCGGGAUCGACGCAGCCUCCUGACGUCCAAGUGUAUCAUGAAGGUAGUGCAAUGCACGAUAGGCCGCUGUAUGAGGAUAUGCCCAAUCAGACGAGUAAUAAAGAGCCCUUACGAGACACAAAUAAAAGAAGUCAGCAAGGCGCAGAAAAUACGUAUUCAGAUGCCGAUGACUCAAGAUUUGACGCAAUGUCUGAACAAAAUCGAAUAUUGCUAGCUCGCAUUGAAUCGUUCCAGAGCAGUCCACUGCGGGACAUGGCAGAGCAGUUAGGCAAUGCCGGAUUUUAUUACACAGGUAAAAGAGAUGAAUGCGUGUGUUUCGCUUGCGGUGGGAUAAUCAAAAACUGGAAACCUAGUGACGAUCCAUGGAUCAGACAUAGUCAGAGAUAUCCUAAUUGUCCGUUUCUCAAGCAAGAGAAAGGUGAAUACUUUAUCAAGCUCAUCAUUCAGAAUUCAUCAGGACAAGAAAGCGAUGAUGAAACAUCACACGACACAUUUGAGUCUACAGUCGUACAAUUGAUCGAACAACUUGUGAUCGAAAACAGACAGAUUCUUAUAUUGGACAUGGGAUUUUCCGAAGAGCAAGUUAGAUGUGCAGUUCGUGAUUUGGUUGAGCAAGGCCAUGCUGAUGUGAAGAUAGACAAUAUUGUCGAGAGAAUUGAAACGAAUUUGGACACCACAGUCGAGCACGAAGCAACAGACACAUCGACUGAAGAUAAAGUUGCUGAGAACAUCCGACUGAAAACUAUAGUUUUGUGCGUGUCCUGUAAGACCAGACGGAAAGAGGUUAUGUUUCUACCUUGUUGCCAUGCACGUUUGUGCGUCCGAUGUUCCCAUAACCUUGUCCGGUGUCCUAAGUGCGACAAACACAUAGCUAACGCUAUCAGAAUAUACACUGAGUAAUGAACAAGACCUCGCCGUGUGUGUGCAGAAGGUGAGGAAACUUCAAUGUGUGAAGAAGUAGAGAACACGUUUAUAAUGUUUGCAGAAGAAGGGAACAAUACAACAAAACAACGACAUCAGGACAUCCCAGAACAACGUAAAAAAGCAAGAGCCAUAAGCCAAUGGUCAAACGAUACAGUGGAGAACUAAAGGCAUGCGCAAUUUACGUUCCGAUUCCGAUAUAGUUUAUAGAGGCAGAGGUGAUGCUAGAAUCAUAAUUGGUGUUAUUUUGUGGCGGGCAUGAAAUUGUAAUGUACAUAAUCUCUGUGAAGUCAUAGUAAAAAAAUUCCAUGAACCAAUGACCUCUGCUCACAACACCUUCUUACCGUUUGGAUAUAAACAUAGACAAAACUAUCACACUUCGUCAAGCUAUCACGAAGCAAGUUUCCGGUGGUCAAGAAUUCUUUCAUGGCGAUGGUAGCCUUGGAAAGGAACAAAAUUAAAAUGUAAAUACUGUGUUGCUUGUACCGAGUUAACUAGUUUAUUGUUCAAAUCAUUUUACAUUAGAGUGUUUUGCAAAUAUUUUGUCCGUUCACGGAAAAGAACACUUCUAGUUGAAGACGCUGCGCAACUCUUCAUUGACUAUCUGACAUCAAUAUUCACGUUGUUUCUCUUUAUUUUAGUCAAUUAUAGUAAUGAUUUUGCCAUCGCAUGGAAUUAGACAAGAAUACAGAUUUAAGAAGAAUGUCAACAAAAUCUGACUUCAUAAUCUGGUAUCUGCAUGUGUGACCAUUCGCCACGUGCACGUGGUGCAUUUAGACGGUACCAGCGCGGUACAUGUUUGUGCACUCAACAAAUACGUACGAGUCUACAGCGCAAACAAAACCUCUACUUUGCACACUUUAGACACUUAUAAGCUGGCUUAGAUUGUUGAAGAACGCUUUAUUAGACUAUUUGUUAUUCCAUGUUGCAGAAACAUAGAUACAGACUAUAGCUAAUUAACAUAACCAAUGAUAAGUCGUAAAAUAGAUGCAGACAGUAGUAACAUAAGUGUAAGUAGCUAGUUAAGCUUCAUUGGAAUGCUAUUAAAUAUAUAACCUCACACUUAAGCUGUUUUUAAUCAGUUGCCUUUAUACAGUUGUAUUACAAUCAUCUACACUACGACAAUACAACAAUAGAGCAUGACAGAAUAAAAGUGACUGACUUGAUUUAUUGACUAUUAUUGAUCUUGUAUUAUUUAUUGCUGGGCAUUUAUUCUGACAUGCUGGAAUUCCACACAUGUUGUCCGUUGGGAUGAUACAAAUCCAUCAGAAGCCUUCCGGAAACUCGAUCAUCAAGCCAAUAUCUUUUUUCCGGUCUGUUAUUAGAACAAGAAGGAAGAAGAGAAAGUAAGCCUUAUAUUGUUGUGCAAAGGCAGAGACAUACAAAGCACUUGGCAAUCGAGGAAUUAGACAGUAAGAAAUUUGACGUUAGGCAAGGUUCGCCUCACAUAUACAAACGAAAAUCAAUCCAAUAUUCAGCCGUUUCAAGUUCUACAGUCAAUCACAAUACUUAGGCACCAACGAUCAGUUCUUCACUAUGUUUCGUCUAAUCGAAAAGGAAUGUGAUUUUAAGGAUUCUGACGAGAUGCUCAGAUACCGUACUGUAUUCAUUGCGAACAAUUCGAAAAUCGGAGAUAAGCUUAUAAACGAAGGUGAAAAGCUUACAUAAAAUAAAGGGUUGUUAAUGCUCAGUCCUACGAGCACAGUCGGAACCAAUUAAAGUCGAUGCUAAGUCAAAGCAUUAAAGUACGUCGCGCCAGUCAAAAAACCAGGGCGAAGAAGGCACUUCAAGAAUGGGGCUACCGCUGUAUUGAAGGUCAAGCAUAACGGGAUGGCAAGACAAGCGUUACCUAAAAUUAACCGUGGCAUUUCAAAUCGGAGCACCAAAUCGUGCAACAAUUGCGGAUGUGCACACGCUGGAGCUCAAGAGAGAGUGGCCCCAGAUAACCCAGUUCUACAGCCUCUCGCCCAACCCAGGCGUCCGGGAUUGGUUGACGGGCGAGAACAACAGACAGUGUGGAACACUCAGUUCCAUGCUUUUGUUGUUUAUGAAGACAUUAGUGCUAAAUGACUAUUUGAAACAGCGUAGACUCUCUUUCCAUUUAGCGAACAUUAUACACAAAUGUCAUACUCACAUCUAAGAUUGUUAUCACACUACGUGUGCUAAAUGACUAUUUUAAACCUUAUAGCCUCUCAAUCCAUGAUCUGAACGUUUUGUAAAAAUUCCAUGCUCAUAUCUAUGAUUUUUUUGUAAUAAAUUCUACGAUUAAUGUAA